AUGGCUAUGGCCAUCGUGGUUGAUUUGGGACUUGACCGAUACGACAACUUCAAAAUGCAGCGCAUCCCUCAUGAUGGAAAAGGGACGGAGGAGUCACACAAAGGACAAGCGCUCUAUCUGACUUCUGACGGACAGCGAGCCUUCUUAGGGUGCUAUUACCUAUGUUCCAAGGCCUCAAUAUUCCGGCGACAACUGACCAUGAAACACACGGAUUGGGUCGAGUAUUGUGCUGCUAGCUUAGGGCAAAGGGCGGAGUAUCCCACUGACCAGUCUCUAAAAGCACUAAUUGAGAUCCAAUCGCUUGUUCGGCAAUCGGAGCUAGAGGUCGAAGACCCUAUUCAUGCGAUGGGCAAGGACGAACUGUUCCAGUCUAUGGACAUACUUGAGAAUCGAAUCGAGCACCUUCUCGUACAGGAAACACAGUGUAAUACCUGGUCCCUACGUUUGGAGCUCAAUGCGAUUCCUGCCAUUGUUCUCGGGCAUACUCUUCGGCGACAAAGAGAUAUCCAUCGCCAGUAUGAGAAAGAGCAACUGGUUACAAUUGCACGCUCCGCGUUCAACAUUGUAACGGUAUUCCUCGCAUCGCCAGCCUCGGUCACACCUAAUCUCCCUAUGUUCAGUUACACAUCUAUCUGGUAUGGCCUUCUUGUUUUAUCGAAGUUAAGCUUGCUUUCGGAUGCCGCGACGGAAGGCAAGGCAGUCGGAGUCCAUAAUAAAGAUAUCCAUAACCUCGGCCUUGCAGCUAUGCAGAAAAUGGAGGCAAUGUCACGAAGAAACGAUGUUUGGGAUAAUUGCCGCGCAGUGAUUGGAUCUAUGCUCUCAUGGUUAGAGAGCAGUCGGGUACAACCCCAAUCAAUACAAGUUCGAGGAGAUAUAUCACAUACCCAGGACCCUGAGAACGCUUCUAUAUUACCACAACUGAUACGCGAAGAUUCUCCUGGAACCACAGAGUCUGCAGCGGUGGCUGAAGAUUGGGAUGCUACUGUGUGGCAACAGAUGUUACAAGAUUUGACCUGGAUAGGACUACCGGUGGAGCAGCAGUGCGCCGUAGAUCUAGCCUACAUGUCUUGA